UCUAAUCGAUUGGCAUAAAUUUUGGGGACAACCCGUAGAAAGUUCAUCGCAUAGACGAAAGUGGAAGAAAAACAAUGGUCGGGUUAAAAGAUUCUCGAAUCCAUUCAUCUUAAUGAAGACAGAUGUAACCAGAGAGAUCCACGAUCUCAAUAUUCAAAACUUGAAAUCGUUAUUUAAAUUUUUAAAGAAAAAAAUUAACAUGUCUAUUGUUAAAAAUGGUUCGUUAACCAACAUUGAUUUUGAGAUACUCGCAAAUACACAAAUUAGAUUCUUUCUUCCAAACCGUUUGAGUCAGGAAGAAUUAACGCUUACACGUGGUAAUAUAAAUACCCUUUUAAAAAUUUUAAAAGAUAAAAUUGAUGGUACCGAUAUAUGUUCGAUUAGCAGUCGAGCCUGGACAAUUGCCAAAGGCACUCAACAUAAAAAAUAUGUCAAAGUCUUUGAAGAACUCAGAAAAGAAUAUAAAACACAAUUCCCAAAUCAAAAUUAUCACAGUAAACGGUCCCUUAAUGUCCAAGAACCUAUUACUUUUGAUGAUCAUUUUUCAUUUUCACCAACAAACGAUUACUUUUUAUCGGAGGUUUUAUUUCAAGGUGAACGAACACAAGUAAAUAAUAUGCCAAUCGAAAACAUGAUGAGCAUUACACAUCAAGGAUAUGUUCCGGUCUGGCCAACCGAACAACUUCCCACUUUCCAUGAACCCAGAAUUGGAGAGGACCAAUAUUUUUAA